AUGGCGACAGUGUAUGGGAUUUGCUUUGGGGGAAGGGCUUGGGGGCUCGACUUGAGGUCUUCGGUGUUUCAUCGGGUCUCAGGGGAAGGCGCGUUGACGUUGACAUGUACCUGUUGUUCUAAUUCUAAACGCUUGAGUCACACGAAGGCCUCGAGUCAUCCCCUUGAUAAUGCCAGCAGCAGCAAAAGAGAGAUGCGGGGGGCGGAGCGGAUUGCCACGUGUCCCGCAUGCGGCAAGGCGUUCCGCGGCCGCAAUCGGCACCAGAACCUGCAACAACACAUGCUGACCCAUACCGGGGAGCGACCCUUUGCGUGCCCCCACUGCCCCUACACGGCCCGCCAGAAGCCGCACAUGAAGGGCCACAUAUUGCGCUUGCACCCCGAGGCCGUGGGCGCCGCGCUGCCCAGCUCGCUCUGA